AAAAAUUAAAUAGAAACGCCGAGUAAAAAGAAGUUCAUCAAAAAGGAGUCGCAAAUUUAUCAAAUAAAUCCAAAAAAAGAAAUUAGCAUGACAUUAAACCAGUAAAUAACCUAAAAAACAAACAAAAUGAACACGGAAUUAAUAUCAAAAUCGUUGCGUUUCCAUGGUCAGCCAUUGCAAAAAAUAUGGGCUGGCGAACGCGGCGACCAUGACCUCUAUCAGCUUGGAAUAACAAAUCCAGAUUUUUCUGUCUACUUUGAGAGACAAAAGAAUCUAACGUUUCAAGACCGCGCCAAGCGUUUGAAACUUCAUCAGUUUCUUGCUCGCAAUGCCGAUAAACUUUAUACUCGGGACUUGCAAAGUGCCAGUGUAAAUACCGGGUCAGAAAGUUUGUCUUCUACGUCGAAUGGCAAUCGUCAAGAUGUUACUGACAAAAUUGUACCAAUGCCACCGUAUGAGUAUUUUUUGAAUACCGCCGGACAGGAAAAGUCUAAAGUGUGUCAUAGCACAUUGGAUGCAGUGAAGCCAGGCCAGAUUGUUUAUGGUGUUAUUACGAAGCCAUAUGCAGCUGGGAUGCUAGUUAAGGUGUUGUGUACAAGGGAGCCACUUGUUCGAUACCUGGCAGACAUCAAUAUUAAGGCUCUGCUCCCCAACACCUACAUGAUUCCGGGACACGAUGAAAAAGGAAAUCCCAAAAACUAUGGAUCUAAUCUUUUUGUUUGCUGUGAAGUAUUGGAUAUCUCUGUGGAUGCUGAUCGCAUGACACUUGGAACGAAAGGAGUUCUCACCAAAGACACUUCAGCACCGCUGGGACUCAUUUUGCCCGAGCAGAUUCCCGACUAUUACAGACGAAUUAUAGCCGACUCGGUUGAUAACUUCCAGGACUACUUGUGUAGCUCCAAAGUAUUCAACAAUACCAAUUGUUAUGAAAUGCUUUAUCAGGAAGUUGGUUUGGACAUCAAUGACACUUUUAGUCAUAUGCGUAGUCUGAAACAUCGAUUUCCUACGCAGGAUUAUGCCAUUGAAUUGAGACAAACUCAAGCUAGUAAAUGGGCUUUUAGGUCUGUUGCUGAUGGAAUUGAACACUUUAAAAUUGGUCGCCAUGUUGAAGCAUUUCAAUGUUUGAACAAGGCGCUGAGUAUUGAUCCGAGGAAUGUGGAAGGAUUGGUUGCACGUGGAGCAUUGUAUGCAAAUAAGGGAUCAUUUGUCAAAGCUGUGGAAGAUUUUGAGACAGCAUUGAAAUUAAAUGCUUUUCAUACAAAUGCUAGAAAGUAUAUGGGAGAGACUUUGGUUGCAUUGGGAAGAAGCUAUGAGGAGGAAAAUCAAAUGGAGGAAGCCGUGAAAGCUUAUAAUAAUUGUUUAAAUAUUAUUCCUAAUCAUGAACAGGCAAGGAUUUCGUUGGAUGCAUUGAUGAGACGUCCGGGACUUGUAGCACCAGUUAUUGAUAUUAAUAUGCUGUCAAUUCCAGUCAAAUACUCCACAGGUACAUCAGAUUUGAAGAAAAAGAAAAAAUCAAAACACAAAUCUUCAAGUUCCUCCUCUUCAAGUAGCGAUGGUUCAUCUGAUUCUUCAUCGGAUUCUAACUCAUCGGAGGAUAGUAGUUCAGAAUCAGAAAAACAUAAGAAAAAAAGCCGCAAACAAAAAUCCUUAUCGCCACUAAGCAAACGAAUGGGUGACAUGAAUGCAGGUAAUGUUGGAUCCACACUCGAAUUCAAUCAACCAUUUCAUAUGCUACAAAAAGAAGGACAAACGGAUUUCAAUGAAUUGGAUGCAUUUUUGGGAGCUGGAGCUGAUGAUGACUAUGAAACAAGAGUUCAAAAACUCAUUCGAGAUGCUUCGAAACAUAAAAAAUUACGCGAGGGUAAGUCUUCUUCGGCUAAGAAAAAAUCAAAGAAAAAAAGAAAGAAAGCUAAAAAAGAAGCAGCUCGUCUGGAAAAGAAGACAAACAAACAGGAAGUGUUCACUAUGCAAAACACUUUUCAAAAGCCACCAACCGAUGUAAUUGAUUUGAAUUCAAGUCUUGAAAAAUACCAGCGAUCUUUAAUGGAACUUAAGACUUUUCAGCAACCACCUCAGCCAAUAAUGACAAUGAAUGAAACACCUAUUGAAGUGGAGGACAAUGACGAACCACCACCGGCACCGUCAUUUAAUCGAGCUGCAGCUGGAAAAGUUCGAGCUGAAUCUCCGAUACCACCGCCACCAAAGGCUACCAAAAUCUGUAUUAACUUACAAAAUCCGGGAUUAAAUUCAUCCGCCCGGAAGCAACAGCCACCGACAACGAGCUCGACACUUCCUAGUCGAUCUGCUCGAUUCGAUAUCAAGGAGGCUAAUUCUUUUAAGCCCUUCCCUAUCAAAGCACCUGUUGUUUUGGACAAAUUUGGGUGUUUCCGUUUAGCUGCUCCAACCAAUGAGGUUGCGACCGUACGCCCACGGUCACGAUCACGCUCACGAUCUCGUGAGAAAAUGCAUAUUUACUCGCGUACAAAUAUUCAUUGUCGUUCAAGUUCGCGUUCGAGUUCUGCUUCUCGUUCGCAUGGUCGUCGACGACGAUCCAAGUCUGCCACCAGACGUCGAUCAAAGUCUCUUACGAGACAACGAUCAAGAUCGUCUGGUAGGCGGGGUUCGAAAUCGCGUUCGCGUCGUUCUCGGUCACGCCGUCGUUCAAAGUCACGUUCAAGGCGUUCGAGGUCACGUCGUCGUUCUCGGUCACGCGGUGGACGUAAGCAUUCUCCAACAGGUAGUCGACGUUCACCGCCAAGAAGACGAUCUCGAUCGCGUUCGAAUCGUCGUACCCCAUCACCGUUUAAUCCGAAUCGUCGUCCAAGACCUAACUCGCCAAGUUCUUCUUCUCGUCGAAAUCGGUCAAGUCCUAGUUCUCCUAAUGGUCGCCAUGAUUCAUAUUCGAAUAAACCUAAAAAGGUGUUUGGUAAUCGUGUGUGGCAACGUCCGGUUGCUGACACUAAGACAUCAUCCAGAUGGGAUGCUGAGCCAGAUACAAAAAUUGGGUCCAAUUCGAAUGCUGGUCCUUCGACUUCGACUGCUUCUAAAGAACCAAGUGGUAUAAAUAGUCGUUGGCAGCAUGAUAAGUUUGUGAAAGAAGAUGGUAUUUCUUUAGAAGAAAUUGAUAAAAUUAUCACACAAGCUAAAAAAGAACGAAAAGAAGAGAUUUUGCAAAGAGAUAAGAAAAUAUUAAAGAAAAAUCCAAAUAAUAGUUUUCUUUAAAUUAUAGGAGUGUAAUAAAAUAAAGAUCAAAAGUAAAUUUUCUUUUACAAAUUUGUUGGAAAUAAAUGUAUUGG